AUGCCAAGUGGUGCUAGAGGUGAGGUAGAGGCGGACGCUAGUGGGCUAGGCAACAUGGAAGGCCCUAGUGGAGGUGGAGACGCCCUAGACAACGUUAGUGAAGGCGCAGGAGGUGACGUAGGCGCAGGAGGUGACGUAGGCACUGGAGGAGAGGACCCAAGUGGCAUCGGCAGGCACCCACUCUCACAAAGGCAAGAAGAGGAAUACUAUAUCAGAUUCACAGCAAAGCAAGGGAACUGCAAAUAG